UCGUACCAUCAAGACUCGGAAAUAAAUCUACUACCAUCAACCCACUCUUUUACCAUGGACAACCUGGAUGUUGGCCGCCGGUUCACUGGGGAGGUGACACGCUCGGUGAUUGGCAAAGAGGUGCAAGGCACUCUCGGGUUUGCCACAGGAGAGUACAAGGCAAUGGUGCAGAACCUCACCAAAGAUGAAAAAUUGAAAGACAAGCUGAAUCGGUUCCUCGCCCACUAUGUUUCCCCGACUGCAUACUCUGAUUUCCCCAUCUUCAACGACAAAAGAAUGGCCGACUGGCAGGCCCAACAGGUGGAUGAGUCGCAGAAAUGGCUGGUCAUCCCUGGGAGCGAAGAUCCUAGUCACCCCGGGCGAAUGAUAGACCUCGACACGGGAAAUCUAGUUCCAACCACAGCCACCUAUGGCCCGGGUGAUGUGUAUUGCAUCCUGUCGCACAGCUGGAAGGGGUGGGAGGUGAGUUACGACUUUUUCAGGCGCGCCCAGAGGAACUUGGAGGGAUCCUCGCCGGACGGAGGCGACGUCGGCCGUGUCUCCCAGAUGAGCGAGGAUGAGGCUAUCAGGGCCGUAAAGAAGCUGAACAAGCUGCUGGAGGCGAAGGGUGACUUGAAGUGUGAUGGACAGCUGGUCAAUGUGCAGCUUGUUCUGGAGAUGCACUUGAAGACGCAGGGGAGCGAGAGAGAGCGCGCGAAGGCCCUCAGAUCCAAUACCAAAGCGCAAGAGCGUCUCACGAGUGCCCAGUCCAAGGCUAAUCACUAUGAGAAGAUGUACGGCAGGGGCAACGGCGACAAAGCAAACACCAAGGAAGGGGCCGUCACCUUUACUGUGCAAGAGGUCCAGAAGAACAUCGCAAAUCUUCGAGAAAAAGCGGCCAAGGAGGCAUUCAAUGCGAACAGGAAGAUGCAUGAUGCCCAGACCGAGUGGGAGGGCUGCGGAGAAGCCAGGGAGUUCUUCAAUAUACAUCGCGAUAUCAAGAUGGCCGUUGAGGAGCUGCUCUCAACGCUGUACACUCGCAAAUCAGCCCGCAAGCUGCGACAGUCCCUGAAGCAGGCGAACAAUAUAUACAACAGCGGACACUUCCCCAGCACAGACAGACGGUAUAUCUGGCUGGAUAACUGCUGUAUCGACAAGUCGAAUGCCGGAGAGUUGAACGAGUCUCUGGCUCGUAUGGGCGACUGGUAUGCCAAUGCCGACUUUUGCAUUGUCCAUGUUGAUGAUGCGCCGUGCGACGAAGAAUGGGUUGAGGAGUACAAGGGUCUUGUGAAUCAAUACGAUGCACUGUCUUCAACAGUCGGCGGGCCUUUUCAGCUGUCACCAAAGGAGAACACAGCAAUCGACUCUUGGUCCGAUUUGAUAAAGUCGGAUCCAGUCUACUGGGCCAAGCGUGGCUGGACACUCCAAGAGCUGGUGCUCAGUCGGAUGACGUUCUAUUUCAACGCCGACUGGAAGGAAUUGGAUCGGGAGAUUGUUAACACCAUUGGUCCUGUUUAUCACCGGGUGCCUUUCAUCAAACAGUAUCUCAGCCACCAUCUUGUGCAGUACGAGAAAGCCGAGAAUGAUCAGGGAGAGACUUUCCAGGCAGCCGAGGAGUGCAUGGAAGAUAUCAAGAGCUGGACGUGGCCUCAGCAGAUGGACUAUAGGACAGCCUCGGCUCAGAUUGGGAAGAUGGUAUACCUCCGUGCAAAACAGGUUGUGGAAGACAAGAAAAAGAACCAAACCUCAACAAGAGAUGAAGAGCAGGAGGUGCAAGGACAGAUAAUGAAGGCAGAGGAGAACGAGGUUGCCAACGAAGUCAGACAAAUCAACAGCAAGCUUGCCAGGGUCGUCAGCUCUACCGAACCACGCAUCGUGAACGACUGCAAAGAGGUCCAGAAGAUUGGCGGCAUCAACAAACUCGACGCCUGGAGACCCGGUACUCAAGACGUCAACGCAUCGGCCCGCAGCAUCAUGACUCUGGCAUCCCAGCGAGAAGUGACGGUUCCCAUCGACCAGGUGUACUCCCUCAUGGGUAUCUUGGGUGUCCGUUUCCCAGUGUUCUACGCCGAGGGCCUCCCCAAGGCACUCUGUCGUUUAAUCGACGAGGUGGUGAUCGCCUCCAACGACGUGUCUGUCUUCAACUGGAGUGGACGAUAUUCCGGGAACUCGAUUCGAGGCCGUUCGCUCUACCCAUCCAACAUCGAGGCGUACAUGGAGCCACUCGACGUCCCGCACCUCGAAGAGCAGGCCAGAAUCCACCAAGGGAUUGUCCGGCUUCUUCAAAACAAGCCGUUGGUGCAGAGCAGGAGAGCACAUAAAGUCAUCGAGUGUUUGAUCCAGUUGACAGUCAAGGUCAACGACCUGGAGAGCCAUUAUCCCAUCCAUGAGACGCUGCAACUCCUCGCCAAAGCGAUCAGCAAGGCAGAUUUCACGUCGCUUUCGAGCCACAGACACGCUUUAAAGGCAAUCGUCAUUGAGACUGGUCAGACCGCAAAGCAGCAAAAGGCAUUUGAUAAGCAGGAGAAGCAGAGUGAGAAAGAAGAUCCAAGGACAAAGGCCGGGUUUCGACUGGACAGCUUUCCAGGCAUCAGUCCCAUGCUCAAGUCGGCGCAAGAGAAGGUCGAAGAAGUCGAGAUCCCUCCCAAGCCAGAAAGAACGAAAAGUGCCUUUUCACUGAAAAGUCCAAUCGAGAUUCCCAGUCCAGCUCUAUCCAUACCUAGCACACGCUUUGGAUUUGGGAAGAAGGCCAAAACCGAGACAAAGCCUUCUAACCAGCUUCCAGGUGCAGUGAAGAUCAUCGAGCAGGAAGGAAAAGAUUUCCAAAAGAAUAACAAGAAUGAUCAGGAUCUAAUUAAACCAAAGGAAAAGAGCGCGCCGGACUGGGACAGGCUGAGAGAACAUAUCAUCCAGUUCAUCGACGACAUCAAUCAACCGACCACCGCCGAGGAAUCAACCCCCAACAAGGCUUCUAAACACAAGGAUGGGAACAAAACACCUGCAGUAAUGGCCAAACAACCCAAGGUUGACCCCGAGAUCAAUCAGCGGAUGGUAUGCCCCAACCCUAUCAUUGUGAGCUCGGCAGGCAUCCGGGGAAUAUUCGAUAUCCAGCGGGUCGUCGUGCAGAUGAACGAUCGCGACAUCCUGAGAGCCAAGGUAGGGAAUGCAGUCGCUGGACAGAUGAUUGAAGGCUCGUGCACCAUCUCGACGGGCUUCAGUUCGGUGUACCUGGAGUUCACCUGCGAGAAGAAGAUGCUCGAGGACCAACUGAAUGUGACGGAUGUGAUCAACAACUACCUUGUUCCAAACAAAGAAAAUAAGAAUCAGCAACCAGAACCAUCCGAUGAGAAGGAGCCAGAGACGCCAUCCAAGAUUGAUCCCUACAAGAUCACUCCCGGCAAGCAGAGGGUGAAGCGCAUCCUCGACCUUGUGCAGCAGGAUGAUCUACACGCCGUGGCAGGCGAAUGGGUGCUGGCUCGUUUCUCCGAUGUGGACGGGGCUUCAUGGUUUCUAUGCCAGCUUUCUCUUGGGUCCAACAAUGACUUCCAGGGCCGUCGGAUUGCAACUGAUGCCUUUUCAUUCUACGACGGCAUUCCUGAGCUGGGACUCAUCGAGCAUUGGAACACGUAUAUGGCGGAAUACAAGCAGUACAUGUGCGCCUUUCUCGACUGCUUCAGCAAAAGCAAGAUGAACUUUGAGAGCGCCCUUCAAGACCUGACGGAGCUUUUGAAGACGGUCAAUGGGGAGGCUUCAGGAGAGGGAAAGGAACAAGGAACGGAGGGCAAUGAAGAAGCGGAAGAGGAAGAAGAGGCAUCAUUUAUGCAGAACCUGAUCAAGGCAGGGUCGCAUAUCACUGCCGGUGCCAUCAGCUACACCUUGCGCCAUCAUCUCCAGACGAGGAUGGAGCAGAGCGCCAUCAGAUCAGUGCCAACAAAGCUGCGCCCAGCCAUCCGGAAUAUGAGCAAGAAGAUGCAUCUCUCUCCGAUGAUGUAUCAUGCCUCGAGAGAAAUUCAUAUGUUCUAGUUGAUUGAAUGGUGGGAGUGGAGGCAAUAUGGAGAUAUUCUGAUUUUGAAGGGUAAUCAACAUUCCAUUCAUCUCCAAUACUCUAACAACUAUAUUGAUAUUCACUUGAC